AUGGCCCUAACUAGUAUGGAAACGCUGAGGGAGGAUGGCCUAACUAGUAUGGAAACGCUGAGGGAAGAUGGCCUGACUAGUACGGAGACGCUGAGGGAAGAUGGCCUGACUAGUACGGAAACACUGAGGGAGGAUGGCCUAACUAGUAUGGAAACGCUGAGGGAAGAUGGCCUGACUAGUAUGGAAACGCUGAGGGAGGAUGGCCUAACUAGUAUGGAAAUGCUGAGGGAAGAUGGCCUGACUAGUACGGAAACACUGAGGGAAGAUGGCCUGACUAGUACGGAAACACUGAGGGAGGAUGGCCUAACUAGUACGGAAACGCUGAGGGAAGAUGGCCUGACUAGUACGGAAACACUGAGGGAGGAUGGCCUGACUAGUAUGAAAACGCUGAGGGAAGAUGGCCUAACAAGUAUGGAAAUGCUGAGGGAAGAUAGCCUGACUAGUAUGGAAACACUGAGGGAGGAUGGCCUAACUAGUAUGGAAACGCUGAGGGAAGAUGGCCUAACUAGUAUGGAGAUGCUGAGGGAAGAUAGCCUGACUAGUAUGGAAACACUGAGGGAGGGUGGCCUAACUAGUACGGAGACGCUGAGGGAGGGUGGCCCGACUAGUACGGAGACGCUGAGGGAGGGUGGCCCGACUGGUACGGAGACGCUGAGGGAGGGUGGCCCGACUGGUACGGAGACGCUGAGGGAGGGUGGCCCGACUGGUACGGAGACGCUGAGGGAGGGUGGCCCGACUGGUACGGAGACGCUGAGGGAGGGUGGCCCGACUGGUACGGAGACGCUGAGGGAGGGUGGCCCGACUAGUACGGAGACGCUGAGGAAAGAUGGUCUGACUAGUACGGAAACACUGAGGGAGGACGGCCCGACUAGUACGGAAACACUGAGGGAGGACGGCCUGACUAGUACGGAAACACUGAGGGAGGACGGCCCGACUAGUACGGAAACACUGAGGGAGGACGGCCCGACUAGUACGGAAACACUGAGGGAGGACGGCCCGACUAGUACGGAAACACUGAGGGAGGACGGCCCGACUAGUACGGAAACACUGAGGGAGGACGGCCUGACUAGUACGGAAACACUGAGGGAGGACGGCCCGACUAGUACGGAAACACUGAGGGAGGACGGCCCGACUAGUACGGAAACACUGAGGGAGGACGGCCCGACUAGUACGGAAACACUGAGGGAGGACGGCCUGACUAGUACGGAAACACUGAGGGAGGACGGCCUGACUAGUACGGAAACACUGAGGGAGGACGGCCCGACUAGUACGGAAACACUGAGGGAGGACGGCCCGACUAGUACGGAAACACUGAGGGAGGACGGCCUGACUAGUACGGAAACACUGAGGGAGGACGGCCCGACUAGUACGGAAACACUGAGGGAGGACGGCCCGACUAGUACGGAAACACUGAGGGAGGACGGCCUGACUAGUACGGAAACACUGAGGGAGGACGGCCUGACUAGUACGGAAACACUGAGGGAGGACGGCCUGACUAGUACGGAAACACUGAGGGAAGACGGCCCGACUAGUACGGAAACACUGAGGGAGGACGGCCCGACUAGUACGGAAACACUGAGGGAAGAUGGCCUGACUAGUACGGAAACACUGAGGGAGGACGGCCCGACUAGUACGGAAACACUGAGGGAGGACGGCCCGACUAGUACGGAAACACUGAGGGAGGACGGCCCGACUAGUACGGAAACACUGAGGGAGGACGGCCUGACUAGUACGGAAACACUGAGGGAAGAUGGCCUGACUAGUACGGAAACACUGAGGGAGGACGGCCCGACUAGUACGGAAACACUGAGGGAGGACGGCCCGACUAGUACGGAAACACUGAGGGAGGACGGCCCGACUAGUACGGAAACACUGAGGGAGGACGGCCUGACUAGUACGGAAACACUGAGGGAGGACGGCCCGACUAGUACGGAAACACUGAGGGAGGACGGCCUGACUAGUACGGAAACACUGAGGGAGGACGGCCUGACUAGUACGGAAACACUGAGGGAGGACGGCCUGACUAGUACGGAAACACUGAGGGAGGACGGCCUGACUAGUACGGAAACACUGAGGGAGGACGGCCCGACUAGUACGGAAACACUGAGGGAGGACGGCCCGACUAGUACGGAAACACUGAGGGAGGACGGCCCGACUAGUACGGAAACACUGAGGGAGGACGGCCUGACUAGUACGGAAACACUGAGGGAGGACGGCCUGACUAGUACGGAAACACUGAGGGAGGACGGCCCGACUAGUACGGAAACACUGAGGGAGGACGGCCCGACUAGUACGGAAACACUGAGGGAGGACGGCCUGACUAGUACGGAAACACUGAGGGAGGACGGCCCGACUAGUACGGAAACACUGAGGGAGGACGGCCCGACUAGUACGGAAACACUGAGGGAGGACGGCCUGACUAGUACGGAAACACUGAGGGAGGACGGCCUGACUAGUACGGAAACACUGAGGGAGGACGGCCUGACUAGUACGGAAACACUGAGGGAAGACGGCCCGACUAGUACGGAAACACUGAGGGAGGACGGCCCGACUAGUACGGAAACACUGAGGGAAGAUGGCCUGACUAGUACGGAAACACUGAGGGAGGACGGCCCGACUAGUACGGAAACACUGAGGGAGGACGGCCCGACUAGUACGGAAACACUGAGGGAGGACGGCCCGACUAGUACGGAAACACUGAGGGAGGACGGCCUGACUAGUACGGAAACACUGAGGGAAGAUGGCCUGACUAGUACGGAAACACUGAGGGAGGACGGCCCGACUAGUACGGAAACACUGAGGGAGGACGGCCCGACUAGUACGGAAACACUGAGGGAGGACGGCCCGACUAGUACGGAAACACUGAGGGAGGACGGCCCGACUAGUACGGAAACACUGAGGGAGGACGGCCCGACUAGUACGGAAACACUGAGGGAGGACGGCCUGACUAGUACGGAAACACUGAGGGAGGACGGCCUGACUAGUACGGAAACACUGAGGGAGGACGGCCUGACUAGUACGGAAACACUGAGGGAGGACGGCCUGACUAGUACGGAAACACUGAGGGAAGAUGGCCUGACUAGUACGGAAACACUGAGCAGGGAGCUGAUGAAGGCCGGGCUGGUCACACACCACAGGCUACGCUGA